AUGGUUGAUGAAAAAAAGCCUCUUUUGGAUGCCUCUGGCGCUGACAAACGCGACGAUGACGCUACUGCAACGGCAAUCCUAAGACGUAAGAAGAAGGAUAACAUGUUGAUGGUGGACGACGCUGUAAACGACGAUAACUCUGUGAUCGCAAUCAACUCAAACACAAUGGACUUGUUACAGCUAUUUCGCGGUGACACAGUGUUGGUGAAGGGUAAAAAACGUAAGGACACGGUGCUUAUCGUUUUGAUCGACGAUGAGCUCGAAAACGGUAUUUGCAGAGUGAACCGUGUGGUUAGAAACAAUCUUCGUAUCCGUUUGGGUGACCUCGUCACGAUCCACCCAUGUCCUGACAUCAAGUACGCCUCCAGAAUCUCCGUUUUGCCCAUUGCUGACACAGUUGAGGGCCUAACGGGCAGUCUGUUCGACGUGUACCUCAAGCCAUAUUUUGUGGAAGCGUACCGUCCAGUGCGUAAGGGCGACCACUUCGUCGUCAGAGGUGGUAUGAGACAAGUGGAGUUCAAAGUGGUGGACGUGGAACCUGAAGAAUAUGCUGUUGUGGCCCAGGACACCGUGAUCCAUUCGGAAGGUGAGCCCAUCAACCGUGAAGAUGAGGAAAAUAACAUGAAUGAAGUUGGAUACGAUGACAUUGGUGGCUGUCGUAAACAGAUGGCUCAGAUUCGUGAAUUGGUCGAGCUGCCGCUUAGACACCCUCAGCUCUUCAAGGCUAUUGGUAUCAAGCCUCCCAGAGGUAUCCUCAUGUACGGUCCUCCUGGUACCGGUAAGACUUUGAUGGCCAGAGCUGUUGCAAAUGAAACUGGUGCAUUUUUCUUCUUGAUCAACGGUCCAGAAGUCAUGUCCAAGAUGGCCGGUGAGUCUGAGUCAAAUUUGAGGAAAGCUUUCGAGGAGGCCGAGAAAAACGCCCCUGCCAUCAUUUUCAUCGAUGAGAUAGACUCGAUCGCCCCUAAGCGUGACAAGACCAACGGUGAAGUUGAGAGAAGAGUGGUUUCCCAACUCCUGACUUUGAUGGACGGUAUGAAAGCCAGAUCUAAUGUUGUGGUUAUCGCUGCCACCAACAGACCAAACUCCAUUGACCCAGCGUUGAGAAGAUUCGGUAGAUUUGACCGUGAAGUCGACAUUGGUAUUCCAGAUGCCACUGGCAGAUUAGAAGUGCUGCGUAUCCACACCAAGAACAUGAAGUUGGCGGAUGAUGUAGACCUUGAGACCCUAGCUGCGGAAACUCACGGUUACGUUGGUGCCGAUAUCGCUUCGCUCUGCUCCGAAGCCGCCAUGCAACAAAUUCGUGAAAAGAUGGACAUGAUCGACCUGGAUGAAGACGAGAUUGCUGCCGAAGUGCUAGACUCUUUAGGAGUAACAAUGGAGAACUUCAAAUUCUCACUUGGCAACUCCAACCCAUCUGCCCUACGUGAAACUGUUGUGGAGAGUGUCAAUGUUACUUGGGAAGAUAUUGGUGGUUUGGACGAAAUUAAGCAAGAGUUAAAGGAGACUGUUGAAUACCCUGUGUUGCACCCAGACCAAUAUGCCAAGUUUGGUUUGGCUCCUUCUAAAGGUGUCUUGUUUUACGGACCACCUGGUACUGGUAAAACCUUGUUGGCCAAAGCUGUUGCCACGGAGGUGUCUGCUAACUUUAUCUCUGUCAAGGGUCCUGAACUCUUGAGUAUGUGGUAUGGUGAGUCAGAAUCCAACAUUCGUGAUAUUUUUGAUAAAGCCAGAGCCGCCGCUCCAACAGUGGUAUUCUUGGAUGAAUUGGACUCUAUUGCCAAAGCAAGAGGCGGUUCCGUCGGCGAUGCCGGUGGUGCUUCCGACAGAGUUGUCAACCAACUGCUAACGGAAAUGGAUGGUAUGAAUGCUAAGAAAAACGUUUUCGUUAUCGGUGCUACAAAUAGACCAGACCAAAUCGACCCUGCUAUUUUGAGACCUGGCAGACUUGAUCAGCUAAUAUACGUCCCACUACCUGACGAAAUGGCCAGACUAUCGAUUCUAAAUGCUCAGCUCAGAAAGACUCCACUCGAACCAGGUUUGGAGUUGAGCACGAUUGCGAAGGCUACACAAGGAUUUUCCGGUGCCGAUUUGUCGUACAUCGUUCAAAGGGCUGCCAAGUUCGCCAUUAAGGAUUCCAUUGAGGCUCAGAGAAGCGCAGCAGCUGAACAGCAAAGCAAGGUCAAGAUAGAGGACGUGGAAAUGGGCGACGAAGCAAGCGCUCCAGUCGCUGAAGAAGAAAUUGAAGACACAGUACCAUACAUUACAAGAGAGCACUUUUCUGAGGCCAUGAAGACUGCCAAGCGGUCCGUGUCUGAUGCCGAAUUACGCCGUUACGAAGCCUAUUCCCAACAAAUGAAAUCGUCAAGAGGUCAAUACACUAACUUCAACUUCGGCGAUGCUCCAAGCACAACCCAACCUGCCGGAACUUCCGAAAACGCUGGCGCUGCUUUUGGUGAAGGUGCGGAAGAAGAUGACGACUUGUAUAAUUGA